AUGGCGACCUCUUCCUCCUCAUCCUCCUCCUCACAAGGGUCGGCUCCUGGUAUUAGAGGAAAGUGGAAACAAACCUCCGGGGAUCUUCUUAUAUAUUCUCUGGAGGAUCUGAAAGGAUGUGACUUCAAGAGAUUCAGGAACAAAUUGUCUGAUUUCUCCUAUGGAGGUAAACUUCCCAUCCCCCGAGGAAAACUAGAAAAUGCUGACUGGAUCUCCACCAAAGACGUCCUCAUAGACAGAUAUGGAGAAGAAGGGGCUCUGGAUGUCACCAUUAAAGUCUUUACGCUGAUCGGUCUGAUGGGACCUGCAAAUGACCUCCAGGAGAGGAGAGCCCAGAAU